ACAAUACCGGGUAGUUAAGAGCCAGGGUAGGAGCCUUGUACACUCAACCACGAGUGACUCCAAAUUCAAAAAAAUUCAGUAAGUUUUUCUUUCCCUGAUUUGAACGCCACCAUAACUAUUUAGUAUUUUCUGCUCACGAUCAACAUAAGAAGAAGAAGAAGAUCACGCAAAUCGCAAUGAAAAUUCUCUAACUUUUUAAAUUAUUGGACGGGAAGACGAGGAAGAGGGUGAUUGUUUUCUGUUUCAAGUAAUUCAUAGCAUCACUUUCGGUAUCUCUGGAAAGGUUUCCAUCUCUUGCUGACAGGUCAUCAGCAAUUCUUUCAGGACACAAAGAGGUUACAUCCCAGCUAUUGCAUUGCAUCUAAAGCAUCCUUGUCAUGGGAUACUUCUUACCAAGGAUCUGAGUAAAUAUUCAACUAGAGCCAAAGCCAAGACUGGUGGCAUGUUGAAAAUGAUGCAGGAAUCAAGUCUUGAGCUAUCUUGUCAGACAAUACUAGGCCCACAAUGCUCAGAGAAUGGGAUCACACGCAACAGUGAGACUAUGGAAGCAUCUGGAUCUCAGGAGAACGAAAAUUACAGCAGAUGCAUUAAAGAGGAGAGAAUAGAUGGAGGAGAUACUGCCCUUGGUGGAAACAAUGGAUCAUGUGAAUGUGAGAUGACAGAAUCUGCAUUAACUGUGUGUUCACACUGUAAGAAAAUAGAUGGGACAAUCAUUAAAGAGGAGAGAAUAGAUGGAGGAGAUUAUGUUCCUGGUGGAAACAGUGGAUCAUGUGAAUGUGAGAUGACAGAAUCUACAGGAACUGUGUGUUCACACUGUAAGAAAAUAGAUGGGACAAGCAUUAAAGAGGAGAGAAUAGAUGGAGGAGAUACUGCCCUUGGUGGAAACAGUGGAUCAUGUGAAUGUGAGAUGACAGAAUCUACAGGAACUGUUCGUUCACACUGUAAGAAAAUAGAUGGGACAAGCAUUAAAGAGGAGAGAAUAGAUGGAGGAGAUACUGCCCUUGAUGGAAACAGUGGAUCAUGUGAAUGUGAGAUGACAGAAUCCACAGGAACUGUGCAUUCACACUGUAAGAAAAUAGAUGGGACAAGCAUUAAAGAGGAGAGAAUAGAUGGAGGAGAUAGUGCCCUUGAUGGAAACAGUGGAUCAUGUGAAUGUGAGAUGAUAGAAUCUACAGGAUCUGCUUGUUUACACUGUAAGAAAAUAGAUGGGACAAGCAUUAAAGAGGAGAGAAUAGAUGGAGGAGAUAGUGCCCUUGGUGGAAACAGUGGAUCAUGUGAAUGUGAGAUGACAGAAUCCACAGGAACUGUGCAUUCACACUGUAAGAAAAUAGAUGGGACAAGCAUUAAAGAGGAGAGAAUAGAUGGAGGAGAUACUGCCCUUGAUGGAAACAGUGGAUCAUGUGAAUGUGAGAUGACAGAAUCCACAGGAACUGUGCAUUCACACUGUAAGAAAAUAGAUGGGACAAGCAUUAAAGAGGAGAGAAUAGAUGGAGGAGAUAGUGCCCUUGAUGGAAACAGUGGAUCAUGUGAAUGUGAGAUGAUAGAAUCUACAGGAACUGCUUGUUUACACUCAUCUGGAUCUCAGCAGAACAAAAAUUACGGCAGAUGCACUAAGGAGAGAAUAGAUGGAGGAGAUACUGCCCUUGGUGGAAACAGUGGAUCAUGUGAGAUGAAUGAAUCUACAGGAACUGUGCAUUCACACUGUAAGAAAAUAGAUAGGACAAGCAUUAAAGAGGAGAGAAUAGAUGGAGGAGAUAGUGUCCUUGGUGGAAACAGUGGAUCAUGUGAAUGUGAGAUGACAGAAUCUACAGGAGCUGUGUGUUCAUACUGUAAGAAAGUAGAUGGGACAAGCAUUAAAGAGGAGAGAAUAGAUGAAGGAGAUAGUGUCCUUGGUGGAAACAGUGGAUCAUGUGAACGUGAGAUGACAGAAUCUACAGUAACUGUGUGUUCACACUGUAAGAAAGUAGAUGGAACAAGCAUUAAAGAGGAGAGAUUAGAUGAAGGAGAUAGUGCCCUUGAUGGAAACAGUGGAUCAUGUGAAUGUAAGAUGACAGAAUCUAAAGGAACUGAGUGUUCACACUGUAAGAAGAAACGUGAAAUAACCGACACAAGUGCCAAAAUGCUUCUUCAAUGUUUCUUUUGUGACUGUUCUUUUUCUGAAGAAAAGCAGCUAACGAAGCAUCUCCAAACUCAUGUUUGUGUAUUGAAUUCAGACACAUUUCAAUGUUUAUAUUGUAAGGAGUCGUUUUUUUCUAAUGCUGACCUUGUGAAACAUCGAAGAAUAUGUAGUGAAAAGAUUUCUGAUGAAUGCAAUCAAAUUAAAAUUAUAUAUUCUAAAAUGGAUGGUGAUAUGAAACAUAAUAAAAACCAUGUUGAAGAAGAAAAUGGUCAAACAGUCAAGGCAUUGUGUCUAAUAGAUCAUGAUUAUUGCAAACAUGAUUCACAAUCUCCAACAGAAGGAAAUCCUGAAGAACAUAGCUUUGAAUGUCAACUUUGUAACAGCAUUUUUAAAACAGAGUCAGAUCUUAACAGUCAUGUACAUGUUAAAGAAAUGUCAACCCAAACUGUGUAUUCAUGUUCAAAGUCUUAUGAAUGCAAACAUUGUGGCAAGAAAUUCAUCACAAGUAGUCAAUUAAAUCAACACAUUCUCGAAGUUCACACCAAAAAGAAGCCUUAUGAAUGCACAUAUUGUGGCAAGAUUUUUUUUAGAAAAUGGGAUCUAAGUAUACACAUUCGAAUUCACACACAGGAAAAGCCUUAUGAAUGCAAACAUUGUGGCAAGAAAUUCAUCGCAAAUAGUCAUUUAAAUCAACACAUUAAAAUCCACACUAAAGAGAAACCUUAUGAAUGCACAUAUUGUGACAAGAAAUUUCUCAGAAAAUGGGAUCUAAGUAAACACAUUAGAAUUCACACACGGGAGAAGUCUUAUGAAUGCAAACAUUGUGGCAAGAAAUUCAUCACAAGUAGUCAAUUAAAUCAACACAUUGAAAUUCACAUUAAAGGGAAGGCUUAUGAAUGCACAUAUUGUGGCAAGAAAUUUUUUAGAAAAUGGCUUCUAAGUAGACACAUUAGAAUUCACACACAGGAAAAGCCUCAUGAAUGCAAACAUUGUGGCAAGAAAUUCAUCACAAGUAGUCAUUUAAAUCAACACAUUAAAAUCCACACUAAAGAGAAACCUUAUGAAUGCACAUAUUGUGACAAGAAAUUUCUAAGAAAAUGGGAUCUAAGUAAACACAUUAGAAUUCACACGCGGGAGAAGUCUUAUGAAUGCAAACAUUGUGGCAAGAAAUUCAUCACAAGUAGUCAAUUAAAUCAACACAUUGAAAUUCACAUUAAUAAGAAGCCUUAUGAAUGCACAUAUUGUGGCAAGAAUUUUUUUAGAAAAUGGCUUCUAAGUAGACACAUUAGAAUUCACACACAGGAAAAGCCUUAUGAAUGCAAACAUUGUGGCAAGAAAUUCACAAGUAGUCAUUUAAAUCAACACAUUAGAAUUCACACAGGAGAGAAACCUUAUCACUGUCAAUAUUGUUUUAAGAAAUUCAACCAAAAAAGUAGUCUUAGAAGGCACAUUAGAAUUCACACACAGGAUAAACCUUAUGAAUGCUUACAUUGUGGCAAGAAAUUCAUCACAAGUAGUCAUUUAAAUCAACACAUUAAAAUUCACACCAAAGAGACGCCCUUUCAAUGCACUUAUUGUGGCAAGAAAUUCAACAGAAAAAGUAGUCUUAGAAGGCACAAUAAAAUUCACACAAAUGACUUAUCUUUAUGAAUGCUAAAUUGUUGCAAGAAAUAAAUUCAUAGAGUGGUCAUCUCAGUGAACGCAUUAGAAUUUACACAAAGGAGAAGCCUUAUGAAUGCGAACACUGUGGCGAGAAAUUCAACAUAAAAACAAUGUGUAUAUAAAAUGAACACAUUAGAAUUCACACAGACAUCUUUAUAAUGGAUGCUAACAUUGUUUGCAAUUUUAAUUGUGGUGUCACUAAUGAUGUGUUUACAGAUUUGACAUCUCGGUUAGUCAAAAGGUGUGUUAAUUAUCUCUUGGAUGUUCAGGUGUCGGAAAUUUAGUGCUCAUCACAAGCAAUUUAUUCAGAUUGGGAGGCUGAUGCUGAGCAUGAAGAGCAUGAAAACCCUACGCCAGUUGAUUUGUAUCUGAUGUUAUAGCGCCAUCUGCGCUAGUUAUGUGACAUGUUUGUCCCACACUUGAUAUAGUUACGGUAAUAAAAGUAUUGAUCUUGACUACAAAGUUGCAUCUGAGUCUUGAUUUAUUGUAGUGGCAGCGGUGGGAUAUGAACCCAAGCUCGGAUCAUGCGUUCUUGCCACAGCAGGAGUGUAUCGUCAUUCCUCGCAAUGUGCUACAGGGGAUUCUUACUGCCCUGCAUCUUCAACUUGGUCACCCCACAUCUCACCAACUCUCGCAGGUUGUCUCGCGGUAUUUCUAUGCCCUGGAUCUUGAUACAGCCAUUCAACAGGUGACUGUCGGCUGUCACAGCUGUCUCUCCCUCUAGAAUAUUCCUUGGUUGCUACUCCCCAGUCUAUAGGUGACCCUAUAUAGGGUGUCUGUUGCGGAUGUCAUCAAACGUUCCCUCAACUCGUUUUCAUCCUCAGGGAGAGCGUCACUUCUUAUACUGUGAGCACUUUGAUUCCAGAUGAAUGCAAGGAGACUCUCCGCACUGCCCUCCUUCAGCUUUGCGCACCUCUCAGGCCACUUGACGGCCCUCCAUCUGUCAUCCGCACCGACCCUGCGCCAGGAUUUUCUGCUCUCCAACACAAUGAGUCUUUGCGCAGUCCUUGCAUCACUUUGGAGAUUGGCCAUGCCAAGAACCUCAACAAGAAUCCUGUCGCUGAGAAGGCUGUACGUGAGCUGGAAGAUGAGCUGCUUCGUGAUGAUCACCGUGGUGGUCCUGUUACUCCACUUGCUCUUGAUCUGGCCACCGCACGCCUUAACAGCCGCAUCCGUGGCGUUGGUCUAUCUGCUCGUGAGCUUUGGACCCAUGCAGUGUGACCAAUUCACAAGUGAACAGAUUCCGUUGCGUGACAUGGACGUUAUUACCAAUCAACAUGAGAAACAGCUCUCCAACCAUGGCCCCGGUAUGGAAUCGAAGGCACCCAAACGCCCAUCUUCGAUGGGAGAGUCUCUUGUUUACGUUGGUGACCUUGUCUACCUGCGCUCGGACCGGACUAAGACUCAGGCCAGACCUCGCUACCUUGUCUGCAGUGUCGACAAAGAUUGGUGCAACAUUUGCAAGUUUGUUGGGAACCAACUCUGUUCUACAUCAUACCGCGUCUGGCGCUCGGAUAAUCAUACCACAUCCGGCGCUCGGAUUGCUUGAAGGAUCCCUCAGGGAAUCCUACAUAUCAUCCUUCCUGACCGGGGAUUUCUGAUGACGACGACCACCUUGAUGAGGAGUUGCCCAGUCCCACCCCAGCAGAUGACUCACAGUGCUUGCCUAAUGCCUCUGACGUUACUGAUGUGCCAGAUGUCCCUUGCCCAUUACGUCAAACCCCCGUUUGGAGAAAGACCGCAGUUCAGAUUGCAAACUGCGAUAUUAGACCCCAAUUCGUGUUUGAAACAUUUCCAAGCCCUGGGGGCCGUUUCAUAAACCUGUUCGUAAGUUAAGAGCGGCUUUAAGAACGACUGGUGAUCAUCGCCAAUGGUGUGUACCAUUUACCUCAAGAUAGGAUCACCAGUCGCUCUUAACUUACAAAAAGUUUAUAAAACACCCGCCUGAUCAACCCCGCUUGGCCAGGUAAUCCCCGCUGUCUCAAUUUCACCUCCACAGGCCAGAUUAUGAGCGUUGAGCCAAGGACGAAAUGAUAAACAACAGCUGUGCUAUUACGUAAGACUUCUCUGCCUGUAGAAGGACCUUCGGAAUGAAAUUAUUGUAUUCGAUAUCUAAUCACGUUUUCAAAGGCAUAUUGUAUUCAGAAAUUCAAUGUUAGUCCAUUUUCAAUUUCGAACGAAGAAAAUCAACCUCGAAAUAAGGAAAGUAAGUGAAUAAAAAAUGGCGGCAUGCUUUGCCGGGACCGCGCUCGGGCUGUUGUGUUAUCUUCGGACCGAGGUCAAGAAACAGGUGUUUUGAUACUUACAUUGCAUGCUUGGGGCAGUAGGGUUUGUCGUACUUGGAGAAGAGAAUUGAUUGAGAAAAACUGGGGUAUAGUGUUCUCAAAUUGAGGUUUUUCGUCAUGCCCCCCUCCUGACCCCCCUGAUAUUCCUCACGAACUUUCUCACCCUGAUGUUAGUCCUUCCCCUGCACUUUCUGGUCAGUCAGAUCCCCCAGGGCAUCUUGACCUACCUGGUCCUGCCCCCAAUGAUGGCUGGCGGUAUCCCUUAUGCCGUCGUGUCCCCCCAUCGUAUUUAGCGACUUCGUUUGUGAUUGACUUUGACCUGCAUUUAUGCCCCCCUUUUUUUCCCCCAUUGCCUGUGCCUUUUCCAGCCUGCCCUUUACUGAUGGACUCACUGAUGGACACUCUUUUUUUGUAUAUAUCUCCUCUUGUUUUUUUAAUGUAUUUUUGUACGCGUAACCUUUAUGGGUUUAUCUAUGUGUGCUAAUGGGUUCCUUAAUGCGUCUAGCUUUUUUCAGCAAACAAAAAAAAGAAAGAAAACAAACAGCUUGAGUUAAAUGAUUCUAAUUUGAUAGUUUAUUGCUUUCAGGAUCCACACCAUACCAAACACAUACCACCACUCACUCCAGCUAGUUCGCCUACUACCAAUUGCUGCGCAUUUCUACGCUUGUGAUAAAUUAUGCUGUGCAUUUAAUUUUUUUUGUUAUAAUUUUUGGUCCCAUUCAGUGGGUAUGUCUUCGCUUUGAUGCCUGCGCAUUUGCUUUGCAGUUGUUUGCGAGUUUACACCUUUAUAAUAAGACAAUACUUUCACAAAGCUUCUCUGCUUUGAUCAUUGCAAAAUUCUUUUCAUUUACAUAAGGAAAAAGUGAUUAUGCCAGUUGAUUUGUAUCUGAUGUUAUAGCGCCAUCUGCGCUAGUUAUGUGACAACACGUUUGUCUCACACUUGAUACGGUUACGGUAAUAAAAGUAUUGAUCUUAACUACAAAGUUGUAUCCCAGUCUUAAUUUAUUGUCGCUAUUCAUUCUUUCCUUAUCGUUAGUUUUGAAAAACUUUGACAAGUGCCACAAUGUUUGGUCUCCUAUCAUACAGCUAUUUCUUAUUGCUCAGAAAUACCUAUUUGUACAUAAUACUUUUCGGGGGGGAUAUUUUAAUAAACACAAAUGAAAUUUAAAAUAAGAAAGUUAUGACAUUUUAAAGUUUCGCUUCAUUUCACAAAACAGUUCUAUGCACAUCUCAGUUGGUAUGCAAAUGAGGGAACUGAUGACAUCACUCACUAUUUCUUUUGUAUUUUAUUAUAUGAAAUAUUCUUAUUUUCUCCCCAUUGUCCUGUGAAACAAAGUUUUAUUUCUCCCUGAACAUGCAGGGGCGGAUCCAGCUUUUUAUAAAGGGGGGGUUGGGGUGGUAUGCGAGGGAGCGUAGCGACCGAGUUCAAGCGAGCGGAGCGAGCGAGGGGGGAGGGUGUGGGAGGGGGGUGUCCCCCCUCCCACAGUAGGGAAAAUUUUUGAAAAUCUGUGUGUGAAAAUGGCGUUUUCUUGCAUCUAAAACACCACUCUUUUUGGUAUAGAGGUCGUUGCCAAAUUAACCCCCAUGAAAAUUUGUAAAAUUAAGUUGCAUUUUCCCGCAAUGUAAGGCCGGUUAACAACACAGAUACAAAGAAUUGGGGACCUUGGAAUAAGCACUGUUAGCCUAAUACUUUUAUAAUAAUAAUAAUAAAUGAAAUAAAUACAUAGAAAUAGAAUAAAAUAAAAUUACAAGUUUAAAAAAAAAGAUAAGAUUUAAAAAAAUGGUCCCCGGAUUUUUUUUUUUUGGGGGGGUUGCAACCCCCCCAACCCCCCCUCUAGAUCCGCUUCUGACAUGUGGAAUUAUCAUUGUUUAACAUUAUGGUUCAGUCAAGUUUGUCCUUAUUGUCAAAUCUGUAAAAAUUGAAAUAUUUUUCUUAAUCCUUUUCUACAUAAAGUCCCAUAGGGCAUGUUAUGUGUUAAUGUAUAGGCAUCGGAAGAGCAAACUGUAGGUCCACCCUUUGUUGUAAUUUGAAUGGGUACCAGCAACCCUAAAUGGGAAACAAUAAGUAACUUAAGAACAUUACAAAAGAGAAAUCUAUGUUGGUUCAGUUUUUGCAUGCUUUAUAUAGAGAGAAAAAGCUUUCAGCUAUCAGUUUUAUCUAAUUUUUCAGAGAGCGACAGAGACAGAAAUAGAACUCCUAAGUUGUGCUUUCGACAAGUUUCUCAUCUAGAUUUUACAAGUGUGCCAUAUUACAAGUGUGAGCUAUAUAUAAGGUGUAUAAAUGAAUUGAGGUGUUAUCUGCUUAAAGGACAAGUCCACCCCAACAAAAAGUUGACUUGAAUAAAAAGAUAAAAAUCCAACAAGCAUAACACUAAAAAUUUCAUCAGAAUCGGAUGUAAAAUAAGAAAGUUAUGACAUUUUAAAGUUUUGCUUAAUUUCACAAAAUAGUUAUAUGCACAUCCUGGUGGAUAUGCAAAUGAGGAGACUGAUGACGUCAUCCACUCACUAUUUCUUUUGUAUUUUAUUAUAUGAAAUAGGGAAUAUUCUAUUUUUCUCCUCAUUGUCAAUUAAGUGAACAACGAUUAAUUCCUCCCUGAACAUGUGGAAUGAGUAUUGUUUAAUACUAUAUGAUUCAGUCAAGUUGGUCCUUAUUGUCAAAUCUAUAAAAAAUGAAAUAUUGUAUAAUUCAAACAAUAAAAAACAAAAGAAAUAGUGAGUGGGGGACAUCAUCGACUGUCUCAUUUGAGUUGUGCAUAUCACUGUUUUGUGAAAAAUAAACAAAACUUUAAAAUGUCAUAACUUUCUUAGGUUACAUCCGAUUUUGAUGAAAUCUUCAGCGUUUUGCUAGUUUGAUUUUUCUAUAUUUAUUCAAAUCAACAUUUUUCUGGGGUGGACUUGACCUUUAAAGCCUCAAAUUGGUAAUUUUCAGUAAUUUAAGUAUUGUACAUCAUUAAUAUGAUAUAACUGUAGCAUACUUGCGAAGGAUCGUUUUCGUUAAUAGACACCUCGACUGUUAUAAGAAAAUUAUGUAAUAAUUUUGCAGGUUAUAUUUAACCUUAAUUCAAAGUAAUAUAGGUCAAUAUUUCAUUUUGUUAGAGUAUUAAGAGUCCUUGGUAGUAUAUAGUAUUUGUAUAAACAGUGAAGUUGAUUCUUUAGUGCUUUAUAGUGAUUAGUUUCAGUUGUUAAAAGUACAUUAUAAUUUAUUAUAUCAGUCAAACUAUCCAUAUAUGCAACUAUGCAGUUUUAAAAUUCAUGACACUUAUUCAAUGAACAAGGUUAUGAUACAACCUUGUUCUCUGUUACAUCUCAAUGUGCGGCAAAUUAAGGGUGGCAAUGUGUGGCUUAUUUUCUCUUUUUCUUUGGGACAAAUGCUUGAUUUUUUUUACACUGUCAGUUUCUAUUACAGCUAUUCAUCAUAAAUUGGCUCUUGAGUACAUUUGAUUCUCUAAAUUAUUUUUUCUUAAUUAGAAAUAGAGAUUGAAAAAUGAAAAUUUUCUUGCCAUAUUACUUUCCACCAAUAGAGGGCGUACUCAACAAUAUGCCCAAAAUUCAAGAUUUUGGUAGAUCUGGCCAGCUCCCCCCCCCCCCUUCCUUGGAUCCGCCAGUGUUGGAGAGUAUGUCAUCCAGUGGAAAUAAAGAUGUAUCUAAGGCGAAGUCUAUUUGUAAUUUAUUGAUUGAUCAUGUUUGUAAGGUAUUUUAUAACCCAAGAAAUACACAUUGAAAAAAAGGAUAAAACUUGAAAAAUAUAGCUUAUGGAGGCCAAAGAUGGCUUUUCAGGGCAUCACUAAGAAUCUUACUAAGAAUAAUGAUCAUAUAUUUUCCUACAUGCUUCUCAAUGGUCCGAAUUCACUAAGGUGGUUUUGAAAACCCACGGUUUAAUCUAUGGUUUAUGCAGAUUUCCUGUAUAAAUUACGCUUAAUUUAGCGCGUAACGGGCACGUGCAUAAAAAAUGUCCAAUGCUGAUGCGCGCUUUUGUCACAUUGCGCCAAAUUGAUGCCUGUCACUGUUCGAUAAGCUAUUUUAGUCAUGAGUCCACUGUUGGAAGAGUGGACUCAUGAAUAAAAUAGCAUAUGGAUAACCACAGCAACAGGCGACAAUUUGGCGCACUGUUACAAAAGCGCGCAUCAGCAUUGGAAUUUUAUACACGCGCCCGAUGCGCGCUAAAUUAAGCGUAACAAUAUGUUCUUGAUUGUAGUUUUUAAAAUAUAUUGAAAACAGGAAGGAUAUAUUUUCAACUGUUAUAUCGGUUGUAGUAUUGUAGAAACAACAAGGUCCAGUGAUGGAUCAUUGCAAUGUUGGGCAUUAGAGUUUGUCUUUUAAUUGUAUACAUUUGUAUUAAAAGGACAUAUAAAUAAUAAAACUUAAAAAUGUAUCUGUGCCUGUCAUUUAUGCAAAAUUGUAA